CGGCUUCUUACAGAGGCGGGGCGGUUGCCUGGCAACGCCCGGGGGCGGCCGUUGGCGCCGUGAGGAGCCGCACCAGCGCCGCUCGGUACCAGCGCCGUUCGGUACCAGCGCCGCUCGGUACCAGCGCCGUUCGGUACCAGCGCCGCUCGGUACCAGCGCCGCUCGGUACCAGCGCCGUUCGGCCGCUGUGUCGCACCGGCCGGCCCGGGAAGAGGCCCCGUUUUGCGGCCUUCGCACGGAGGAUUCCAAAUAGGUCCUGUGAGUGCUACCUUCUGUGACCUAAGAAGUGCAAGUGCAUCUUCAGCUGCUCUGGACCUGCUUCCAGGGCCUCCCCUCCCUGGUUUCUGCCCAGUCUGAGGGAUGCAGCUGGUACUUUCCCGUUUGCUGGGUCAAUGAGUAACAAAGCUGAGUACGUAUCACAGACAUGGCUGGUCACACAGACAGCCACAGAAAUGCCUGUGGACAGGCCAUCUGAAUUAAUGGUGACUCAGGAAGUGCCAUGUACAUCUAGAUGUCUUGAAGAAGCACGUUCGUUAGAUGAAUUCAGCACAUCCUGUAAAGAAGUACUUAACACUAGUAACAUGAAAGAGUCUGAAGAUUCUGGAGCCACAGCUAAAGCUGCCAUCCAUCCAAAAUCUAUACAUCAUGCCACAAAAUGGUCAGAAGAUGUAGAGAACUUCUACAGAUUUCAGCAAGCUGGAUACAGAGACGAGAUUGAAUAUAAACAAGUGAAACAAGUUGAUAUGGUAGAACGUUGGCCAGAAACUGGAUUUGUUAAGAAACUUCAGAGAAGGGACAAUACAUUCUAUUAUUACAAUAAACAAAGAGAAUGCGAAGACAAAGAAGUCCAUAAAGUAAAAGUUUAUAAGUAUUAGUUUUGUUAUUCUGAUUUGUUUGCACUCUUAAUAAAUCUGUUUGUUAGAAUCUGUAAGUAAAUGAGAUUUGUGUAAUCUUACCUUAAGUAUCAAUGUCAUUCUUGGAUAGAAGGGCGAAUACAGGAAAUGUGGAGAAGCCUUGAACUACAGACACAGAAAUUUCAGGCUUUGUCCUCCUAUAACCAAAAAUCUUAUUAUCCCUUAUUUUCCCAGCUACAAAUGUUUUGACAUCCAAAGAAUUAAAAGGUAGCAAACAGGCAUCAUAUAUUUGGUUUAACUGUGUGCAAAUUCCAUUAUAAGUAGAGGCAUCAAUCCUUUAAAACAAAAUAAUCGUGCUGACACUGGCUAACGUCAGCCACAGUCUUUUGGUAUGAAACAGGUAAGGGUUAGGAGACUACAGAGGGCCAAAGAUGGGCCAAAUUCAGGUUGAAAGGCUAAAGUUCCCUUGGAGAACAGCAAGGAGAUCAAGCAGAGAAUUUAAUGAAGGACACCGAAAAAUCAAGUAGCACACACUGCGGAUUUAAAAACAAGGUAUUGUAAUAGAAACAGUCAUAAUGAAAAUGCAUUUCUGAGCCAUAAAUAAGGUAUCCCCAGAGUAUUUUUGUCAGGUGCAAGUAUUAAUUACUUGAAGAGGAAGUAUUAAUUGACUUGGUAGCAUGCACCUUUUUAUGGAGGGGAAAAAAAAAAAGAUUGUGCGUUUACAUAUGGUAGGUUCAGGUAGUAUGAAACUGCAGAUAGAACAUUAAACCCAUACCAAGUAAUAUUUAUGGCUUCACAGAAUCACAAAAUCCCAGAAUGUCAGGGAUUGGAAGGGACCUCGAAAGCUCAUCCAGUCCAAUCCCCCCAUGGAGCAGGAACACCCAGAUGAGGUUACACAGGAAGGUGUCCAGGUGGGUUUUGAAUGUCUCCAGAGAAGAAGAUUCCACAACCCCCCUGGGCAGCCUGUUCCAGUGUCUGUCACCCUCACUGAGAAGUUGUUUCUUCCCAAAUUUAAGUGGAACCUUUUGUGUUGCAGCUUGAACCCAUUGCCCCUUGUCCUAUCAUUGGUUGUCACCAAGAAGAGCCUGGCUCCAUCCGCAUGACACUCACCCUUUAUGUAUCUGUAAACAUUAAUGAGGUCACCCCUCAGUCUCCUCUUCUCCAAGCCAAAGAGCCCCAGCUCCCUCAGCCUUUCCUCAUAAGGGAGAUGCUCCACUCCCUUCAGCAUCGUUGUUGCUGUCUUUGUUUGAUAACUUACACAGAUGAUACGUAGGAUUUCUGGACAGAAUUAAUCUCGUCUAAUUUCAAAUACUAUUGUCAACAUCUACACCUGAUCUUGUCAUUUGUACACCCUUUGUUCCGGGUAGAGAGAAGUUGUCUCUUCUUAGAUAAAUGAGGUAAUCAGAAACAA